AUGAAAACCAGCCCCCGGCGGCCACUGAUUCUCAAAAGACGGAGGCUGCCUCUUCCUGUUCAAGAUGCCCCACAUGACACAUCAGAGGAGGAACCUAAGAAACCCCCUGCCCAAGAGGAGCCUAGUCAAGCACAGGCCUCCAAAGAGGUGGCUGAGUCCAACUCUUGCAAGUUUCCAACUGGGAUCAAGAUCAUUAACCACCCUACCAUGCCCAACACGCAGGUGGUGGCCAUCCCCAAGAAUGCUGAUAUCCAAAGCAUCAUCACAGCAUUGACUGCCAAAGGAAAGGAGAGUGGCAGCAGUGGGCCCAACAAAUUCAUCCUUAUYAGCUGUGGGGGAGCCUCAACUCACCCUUCAGGACGUCAGCCUCAACCCCAGACCAGCAAUGAUUCCAAGAGGACAGAAGUUAUCACAGAAAUAUUGGGACCAAAGCCUGCCACUAGGGAUGCAAAUGUUCUUAGACCACCUGGACCCACUCUGGGGCAGAGACUGGAGAACUGUGCUGGUGGUGACACAACAGGCUGUCCCCUGGACAACAGCUUAACCAACAUCCAGUGGCUUGAAAAGAUGAGUUCUGAUGGACUGGGCUCCUGUAGCAUCAAGCAAGAGAUGGAGGAAAAAGAGAAUUGUCACCCGGAGCAGAGUCAGGUUAAGAUGGAAGAGCCCUCAGGAACAUCAACAUCCUGGCAGGACUCUGUGUCUCAGUGACUGCCUUACUCUUACAUGGCCAUGAUACAGUUUGCCAUCAACAGCACUGAGAGGAAGCGCAUGACCUUGAAGGACAUCUAUACUUGGAUUGAGGACCACUUCCCCUAUUUUAAGCAUAUUGCCAAGCCAGGCUGGAAGAAUUCCAUUCGCCACAAUCUUUCCCUCCAUGACAUGUUUGUUCGGGAGACAUCUGCCAAUGGCAAGGUCUCCUAUUGGACCAUUCACCCCAGUGCCAAUCGCUACUUGACGUUGGACCAGGUGUUUAAGCCACUGGACCCAGGGUCUCCACAAUCGCCCCAGCACUUGGAAUCACAGCAGAAACGACCCAAUCCUGAGCUCCGCAGGAAUAUGGCCAUCAGAACGGAACUCCCACUGGGUGCACGGCGGAAGAUGAAGCCUCUGCUUCCUCGGGUCAGCUCAUACCUGGUGCCCAUCCAGUUCCCAGUGAACCAAUCACUGGUGCUGCAGCCCUCAGUGAAGGUGCCACUGCCCCUGGCAGCUUCACUCAUGAGCUCCGAACUUGCACGUCAUAGUAAGCGAGUCCGCAUUGCCCCCAAGCUGCUACUAGCUGAUGAGGGCAUAGCCCCUCUUCCUACUGCAGGACCAGUGAAGGAGGAGAAACCCCUGCUUGGAGAAGGGCUGUUGCCUUUGCUUCCARUUCAGUCCAUCAAGGAAGAGGAAACUCAGCAUGGGGAAGACAUGCCACAGUUAGCAAGACCCAUCAAAGUGGAGAGCCCUCCCUUGGAAGAAUGGCCCUCCCCAUGCCCAUCAUUCAAAGAGGAGCUGUCUCACUCCUGGGAGGAUUCAUCCUGCUCUCUCAUCCCAAGACCCAAGAAGUCCUACAGUGGGCUUAAGUCCCCAGCCCGAUGUGUCUCAGAAAUGCUCGUGAUUAAACGAAGGGAGAAGAGGGAGAUGAGCCGGUCUCGAAGGAAACAGCAUCUGCAGCCUCCCUGUCUGGAUGAGCCCGAGCUGGUCUUCUCAGAGGGCCCCAGCACAUCCCGACGAGCUACUGAGGCCCCCCUCCUGGCAGAGCCUGUCUCCCACCUGAGCUGCCUCCAGGAGGARGGAGGACCUUUCAAGACCCCCAUUAAGGAGACUCUGCCCAUCUCCUCCACACCGAGUAAAUCUAUCCUCCCCAAAACCCCUGAAUCCUGGAGGCUCACACCCCCAGCCAAAGCAGAGGGUCUUGAUUUCAGCCCAGUACGAACCCCCCAGGGCGCCUUUGGCUCCCUGCCUGACUCCCUGGGGCUGAUGGAUCUGAGCACCACGCCGCUGAAAAGCAUUCCCCUCUUUGACUCACCCCGAGAGCUCCUCAAUUCAGAACCCUUUGAUCUUGCCUCUGACCCCUUUAGCAGCUCUUCCCCCUCUGAUGUGGAAGUUCCCAAGCCAGGCUCUCCAGAGCUUCAGGUUCCCAGUCUUUCGGCCAAUCGUUCUCUGACUGAAGGUCUGGUUCUGGACACGAUGAAUGACAGCCUCAGCAAGAUCCUGCUGGAUAUCAGCUUCCCUGGCCUGGAGGAGGACCCACUGAGCUCUGACAACAUCACCUGGUCUCAGUUUACUCCUGAACUACGGUAG